CAACUGGAGCUUCUUCUCUCGACAUCUUUACAGCGCCAUGGCGACCCUCCUCCCUGCUGCUCUGCUGCUGCUGCUGCUCCCUGGCUCUCCGGCUCAAGACCUCAAGCAAACGCCCUUUUCCAUCAUGGUGAGCAACUCGGUGAAGCAUACCGCCUCGAGGACCUUCAAGGCGUCCGUGUCGCCCGGAGGGAUCCUGCUGGGCGGGAUGAGGAGGCUGCAGGACUCCGAUGACGGCUUCAGGUUCAAGUACACGGAGGACGUGAACUACGGCCCGUACCUGGAGAGCGUGAACGGGUUGGCCGGUUGCCACGACCACCGGACCUACUGGGAGCUGCUGGUGCAGAAACCCAACAGUCAUGCCAUUCCUCUGAACGUCGGGAUCGGGUGUUACAUUCCGAGUGCGGGCGACGUGAUAAUCCUGAACUUCACAAAGUACUGAGGCCCCGACGAGCCGCUCACCCGUUGGCUCUAAUGGUCCAGACUCGUCCUCCUGACCGCGCGUUGCUCUGUGAUGAUGUCAUGCUCUGUGAUGAUGUCAUGUUAUAAGACACCUGCUUUGUUUUAAUGAUUUAAUGAAGACAUUCAAAUAAAAAAUCUCCUUCACA